GUUUGUUUGAGCGGCUGCGAGGCGAGCAGCAUCAGAUCCGCUGCGAGUGUAGAUCGGUGUGUGAGUCUCCGAUACCCCGCAAACCGCUCAAAAUAAACCCGGGGACAAGUUAAAGCACAUAUACGGCUGUCUGUCCGCCGGGAGAGGAGGAGCAGCGGGAGGUUUCGCUUCCUGGACAGCCUCUCUGUGCGGGGGAAUCGAGCCGGGCCAUGGCGCGGGACUAUGAUUACCUCUUCAAGCUGCUCAUCAUCGGCGACAGCGGUGUUGGCAAAAGCAGUUUACUGCUGAGAUUUGCUGAUAACACAUUUUCAGGCAGCUACAUCACCACCAUCGGUGUGGACUUCAAGAUUCGCACGGUGGAGAUCAACGGGGAGAAAGUCAAGCUGCAGAUUUGGGACACAGCGGGACAGGAGAGAUUUCGGACGAUCACCUCCACGUACUAUAGAGGCACUCACGGCGUUAUAGUGGUUUAUGACGUCUCCAGCGCAGAGUCGUUCGUGAAUGUCAAACGCUGGCUUCAUGAAAUCAAUCAAAACUGUGACGACGUUUGUCGAAUAUUAGUGGGUAAUAAGAAUGACGAUCCCGCCUCUAAAGUGGUGGAGACCAACGACGCGCAGAAGUUUGCUGAGCAGAUGUGCAUCCGACUGUUUGAGACCAGCGCCAAGGAGAACGUCAACGUCGAGGACAUGUUCAACUGCAUCACUGAGCUCGUCCUGAAGGUCCGGAAAGAGUCUGUGGCCAAACAGCAGAAGCAGAGCGAAGUCGUCAAACUGAGUAAGAGCAGCAAACGCAAGAAGAAAUGCUGCUAAAGGACCGGACUCAUGUAUACACACACACACACCCACACACACACCCUUAGAGAGCCAAUCGACGAAACGCCACUGAACUGACAAGAGCCAGACAGCUUGACACACUUAAACCAACCCGUGAGACUAGUAAUGAGAGAGAUUUACUAAUGAUGAGCCCGGUUGGAUUUGGGAGGACGCCUACAGACUCCGAUGUUUUAGCAGGAUUGGAUUCCAGUGGCAUCGCACUUCAUCGUUGUUUUUUUUCCCCUGAAGAUCUGCCGCAGAAAUGUUAAAAUAGAAAAUGAAACAUCUGCAUCUUCGUCAUUGUCUGCGUUUCACAUGCUGUGGAAUCAUACCAACAAGGCCUAAUGUGAGCGACUGCAGUGUUAAUGUGACUUAACACCUACCGACACCAAUCAGGACCACAUAUAAGUUGGAGAACAUCAUGAAUUUUCUCAUAUUUUCAUGCACGUCGUCACAGACGGACCAAAUGUGUGCUGCUCUGCCAACUACCAAGAGACAUUUUUUUUGCCUUUUGCAUUCUCUUUUGUCUUUCAUUUUUGUAAAAUUGUAUUUUUUUACUAACAAAUUAUACAAUCAAACACACAGUAGUGUUUAAUGAAUCUGGUGCCAUUGACUGAAAGUUAUUAUAUUUACAAAGCUGCGAGGAAACGCUGAAUCUCAUGUGCAAGUGCAGGAAAGCGCGGAUUUAAGGGAAUAGUUGAUGCAAAAAUUGAUCAGCUGAAAAUGUGCUGUGCAAGAUUAGGAUGAGUUUGUUUCUUCAUCAGGUUUGUAGAAAUGUAGCAUUGCAUCAGUCAGCA